AUGUUCCAAGCAGCAGUCACGGCGGCUGUAGCGGCUGCCAUGACACAUAUCAACAUUUCUGGCGCUACUGGUUCGGGAAUUGGGGCAUUUCCUUCGAACCAUGGCGAGAGUCAUGUGCACUCACGAGAGUGCACCUAUAAAGAUUUUAUGAACGCCAAUCCCCUGAAUUUUAAUGGAACUGGAGGGGUUAUGAUAUUGAGACAAUGGAUAGAAAAUACAGAAGCAGUCUUUGAGAUCUGUGCCUGCCUAGAGAACAACAAGGUCAAGUUUGCUACUUGUACCUUUUCAGAAAGAGCUUUAACAUGGUGGAAUGGCCACGUUAAGCCACUGACUCUAAUAGUGGCAAAUUCGAUAGGCUGCGAGAGCUUAAAAAUAAUGCUGAUGACAGAAUAUUGUCCACAAGGGGAAAUUCAAAAACUCAAGCAGGAACUCUGGAAUCUUGAAAUGGUUGGUUCUGAUAUAUCAACCUAUACCAACAGAUUUUUUCGACCUGGCAAUUCUUUGCCCAGAUAUGGUUGCUCCAAAGAGCAAGAAAAUAGAAAGAUAUAUUUGGGGACUGUCAUCCCAAAUACAGUCAAGCGUGUUAGCGUCAAGGCCUGA